AUGGUUCCCAAGGUGCGGGGACCCGAGCGCCCCGUUCAGUUGCUCCCAGCACCUGUGUCGGCUCCGUCCCCGGUCAAACUGCCCGCCGACACAACUUUGGAGGGGGUGGAAGGACAAAUUUUGAAAGGCUUUUCUCAGAUUGCACUUUUUUUCUUCAACCCUCCUCUAGGAAAUUCCACUUAUUUGGAUGACCAUGGACCACCCCCUCGAAAGGUUCUUCCAUUCCCUAGCCAAGUGGUAUACAACAGGGUUGGAAAGUGUGGAAGUCGCACUGUGGUUUUGCUGUUAAGAAUUUUGUCUGAGAGACAUGGAUUCAACUUGGUAACAUCCGACAUUCAUAACAAAACCAGACUGACCAAGAAUGAACAGAUGGAACUGAUUAAAAAUAUAAGCACUGCUGAACAACCCUAUUUAUUCACUAGACACGUUCAUUUCCUCAACUUCUCAAGGUUUGGAGGAGACCAACCAGUAUACAUCAAUAUUAUUAGAGAUCCCAUCAACCGUUUUUUAUCUAACUAUUUUUUCCGUCGAUUUGGAGACUGGAGGGGGGAGCAGAACCACAUGAUCCGCACACCAAGCAUGAGACAAGAGGAGAGAUACUUAGAUAUUAAUGUAUGUAUUCUUGAGAACUACCCUGAAUGUUCCAAUCCCAGGUUAUUUUAUAUUAUUCCAUAUUUCUGUGGACAGCAUCCAAGAUGCAGGGAGCCUGGGGAAUGGGCCCUCGAAAGAGCAAAAGUGAAUGUGAAUGAAAACUUUCUACUCGUGGGGAUUCUGGAAGAAUUGGAGGAUGUGCUGCUUUUACUAGAAAGAUUCUUACCUCAUUAUUUCAAGGAUGUGCUUAGCAUCUACAAAAACCCAGAGCAUAGGAAACUUGGCAAUCUGACUGUGACAGUGAAAAAGACCGUCCCUUCUCCAGAAGCCAUACAGAUCCUGUACCAGCAUAUGAAAUACGAAUAUGAGUUUUACUAUUACGUCAAGGAGCAGUUUCACCGGUUAAAGCGCAAGUUUGGACUGAGAUCUUCAAGCAGUAACUUUUUCCCCAGGCCGGAAUUUGCCAUUCCUUCUCCUCUGGAAACUGAAGAGCCAAUAACAGAAGAUGAGGAGCAAGAUGAUGAAAAGUGGUUGGAAGACAUCUAUAAAAGGUGAUGCAAGCAUCACUUUCUCCUAU